AUGGCCAUCGAGGUCGCCUCAGCGGAAGCAGACGCAAGCGACCAAGUUCCGACCGAGACAAGUCCACUCCUCGGCCGUCAAAAUGGACAAGUCGUCGAUCCAAUAAACCCCCAGCCGGGGUCGUCUUCUGAGAACGUUGAAAACGGCGAUAAUGCGACCGCUCUGGCGGCCGAGGGACCCAGCACCAAGAAACUCGUGCUCAUCAUGGCUGCAAUAUGGACCGGUGUGUUCUUCGCUGCGUUGGACACAACAAUCGUCGCGACCCUGACGGCACCGAUCUCCUCGUCUUUUGACUCCCUCAGUCUCCUCUCAUGGCUGGCGUCAGGCUACCUGAUCGCCAACGCGGCGUGUCAACCCCUCUCGGGCAAAUUGACGGACAUCUUCUCACGACGAUACGGACUUGUCUUCUCGAACGUAUUCUUCGCCGCCGGUACGCUGAUCUGUGGUCUGGCACCUAACGCGCAGACCAUUAUCGCUGGAAGAGUCAUUGCGGGUAUCGGAGGAGGCGGACUCUCCUGCAUCACCACCUUCGUCACAUCCGACCUGAUCCCCCUCCGCCGGCGAGGACUCUGGCAGGGCUACGGCAACCUCAUCUUCGGUCUGGGGAUGGGCACCGGCGGCGUGUUCGGUGGACUGUUGGCCGACCGGCUGUCGUGGCGCUGGGCGUUCCUGCUCCAGCUCCCCUUCAUCGUCGUGUCGACCGUCAUGGUGUGGUUCCUGGUCGACAUCCCCGUCAACGCGAGCACGAAGCCGGCGCUGCGGCGCAUCGACUUCCUGGGGUCUUUUCUCCUCGUCACCUCUCUCGUGCUGCUCCUCCUGGGGCUGAACAGCGGCGGCAACCAGCUCGCGUGGUCUCACCCGUUGAUCGUCACCAGUCUCUCUCUCGCGUUCGUGACCUUUGCACUGUUCUUGUUCGUCGAAUCCGCCCCACCAAAGUCGUCCCCCGAAUCAUCGUCGUCGUCGUCGUCGUCGUCGUCCUCCUCCUCCUCCUCCUCCUCGUCUCCGACGGGGCGUCGUCUGCGUCGUCUGCUCCGUUCCGCGGUGGCGGAAGAACCCGUCAUCCCCGUGUCGCUGAUCGUGCGGACCCGCACUGUUCUCUUCUCCUGCCUGGCCAACUGGUUCGGGACCAUGGCGUCGUUCAUCGCCCUCUACUACGUCCCCCUGUACCUGCAGGCGCGGGGGCUGAGCUCGACGCAGGCCGGGCUGCGCAUGAUCCCGUUCGCGGCGAGCACGUCCGUCGGCAGCCUGGGGUCGGGCUACCUGAUGCGGCUGACGGGGCGGUACUACGGGUGCAUGGCGGGCGCGAUGGGGGUUUUCGUGGCCGGCGCGGCGCUGCUGUGCACGUUCCGGCUCGACACGGCCGCGUGGGCGACGUACGCCUACGUCGCGCCGCUGGCCCUCGGCUACGGCGCCAUGCUGACCGUCACGCUCGUCGCCAUGAUCAGCGCCGUCGACCACGCCCACCAGGCCGUCAUCACCGCCGCGAGCUACGCCUUCCGCUCCACCGGCUCGACCAUCGGCAUCACCGUCGCCGCCGCCGUCUUCCAGAACGUCCUCACCGGCGACCUCGAGGCCCACUUCGGCCGCCUCCCCGGCAGCGACGGCCACAUCCGCAGGAUCAGGGACAGCCUGGACGCCGUCAAACACCUCCCCGAGGGCUGGGACGCCCACCUCGUCUACGCAAGCUACAUGCACGCCCUGAGGGGUGCCUUCUUCGCCGGACUGGGACUGGCCUUUUUGGCCGCCGUGGCCGGACUGGGCAUGAAAGAGCACGUCUUGCACAAGAACCUGGCUAGGAAGUAA